UGGAUUAUUAUCCAAAGACGGUCAGCAAAGCACAAGAUAUGUUGAAGAUUCACAUGGAUGUGAUCAAGAAUCCGGGAGUGAACCUUUACCAAGGAAAAGACCAGCCAAAUAAAGACAGACUGAUACCAGAGAGUCAAUGGAAGCAUCCGAAACAUUAUGUUGAUUACGGGAAGAAGCUCAAUCUCAAUCAGAUUGGAGCAACUGUCCCAACUACAGCUACAGUUCCUGGACCUUCUCCAGCGACAAGUGUGAUCAAGGGUGGAACAUUGAGUGUUGCGGGAAGUGUUAACACACCUUUGCGACUUGCUGGUACUACAGGUAAUCAUAUGAUACAAGUACCUACAGGUAAUCAAAUGAUGCAAGUUCCUUCGGGAAUGCAGCUCAUGCAGAUUCCAACUCAAGGUGGCGGCACUGUUACUGUCCCUUAUUCAAUGAAUGCUAACGGUGAGAUUGCGUUCGGUGGAAUGCAAGUCAGCCAACAAGGCUUCAGUGGUGCUCAAGUGCGCCAAGGAUUCGAUGCAACUCAAGCUCGAACUCCGCAAGUUGUGAAGACUGGCUAUUUUGAUACGUCAAAUGUCUUUCACGAUGCUAUCAAGGGAAAGGAUGAGAAUGGCAAUGAUGUAUAUCUUAUUCCAUGUCCUGCUGGAACGACUAACGUCGAACUUCAAUCCGACUGGCACUACGCUAGUAAAAGUGAAGACUUGCCUGAUCUUGCUACUGAAGCAGAUCGAGGUAUGCAGUUUAUUCAAAGCCGCAGAAUCGAAAGAGAUCUGUUUGGUUUGCUCGAUCACGUCAUCAUGGACAGUGGUUGCACCAACACCACCAUUUGUAAUGGUGAACUCAUGCAUGGACUAUGUCAAGCUGAGACAGAGCUCAAUAUGCACACUAACGUGGGCAGCAGAGUUCUUGAUGAAGAAGGGUUUCUAGGAAGAUUUCCGCCUCCAGUCUAUUAUGAUGAAGACGGAAUUGCCAAUGUACUUGCUAUGCGCGAGAUGAUUGCUGCGGGAUACCGCACUACCAUGGAUACUGAUUUUGACAAUGCCUUUGUUGUGCAUUGCGAUGGAGACAGACAGAUGCGCUUUGUGAAUCGUAAUGUGCUGGAGCAACUUGGAGCGGAUGUCAAACCAGGUGCCAAAGAGACAAGUGCGAUGUAUCGCCAGUUAAGCAACGUAAAUAAACAACCCCAUUUCGAACUUUCUUCAAAACAGAAUGGAUAUGCUGGACUUGGGAUGACUGCGAAGGUGGCAACGGUUCGAAAGAACAAAGAAGGAUUCACUCCAAGACAAGUCAAGGCUGCGAUGGAAGCGAGAAGUGCGAUGCACAUACUCAAUGCUCCAAGCACCAAAAGUCUGAAAUAUGCGAUCCAAUCUGGUCUCAUCAAGAACUGUCCUAUCACUGAAGAAGCGAUCAAUCAUGCCGAAGCAAUCUUUGGACCUGACGCAUCUACAUUGAAAGGCAAGUCAACAAGACCAACUCCGAAGAAGACACACGACAACUUCUUCAGUCCACCAGAGGAAUUGUAUCAACAUAAUCGAUCUAUUACCGUCUGUAUUGAUCACAUGGAGAUCGAGAAUGCUAAGUUUCUCACCUGCAUUGAUACCACUGUGCGUUAUCG